UGGUUUGACCGAAAACUGAAAAGUGAAAGUCAAAGGAGAAGUAAAGAUAUAAAUUUUACUAUAAAACCCUACUUCUUAUUUCCCUAAUUGUAAAAAAUACAAUGAAAAGAAUGUAAUAAUGCAGAAGUAAAUAAAACAUUGACUUACUUAGGACCUUAUUGCAAUCUUAGAAAAUUCGUACCAUGUCUUCUCCAAUAGCCGCGAACUUUAACUUGCUAAGUUCUCGCGACGAUACUUCAAUAAAAAAUGUAUGGAAUUACAAUUUGUAUGAGGAAUUUCAUGUUAUUCGGCAGAUUGUUCAGAAAUAUCACUGGGUGGCAAUGGAUACUGAAUUCCCUGGUGUUGUGGCAAGACCAAUAGGUGAAUUUAGGUCCACCGCAGAUUAUCAGUAUCAAUUGUUGAGAUGUAAUGUAGAUCUUUUGAGGAUUAUUCAAUUAGGGCUAACAUUUAUGGAUGAAAAUGGUAAAACCGCUCCUGGAUGUUCAACUUGGCAAUUUAAUUUUAAAUUCAAUCUGCAAUCUAUUGUUGCCAGGGAAGAUAUGUAUGCCCAAGACUCAAUUGAUCUUUUACAAAAUUCUGGGCUUAAAUUUAGAGAACAUGAAGAUCAUGGUAUUGAACCAUUAGAGUUCGCUGAACUACUGAUGUCUUCAGGAAUUGUUCUUAUGGAUAACAUUAAAUGGUUGAGCUUUCAUUCCGGUUAUGACUUUGGUUAUUUAUUGAAACUUCUGACUGAUCGUAAUCUACCUCAAGAAGAGAAUGACUUUUUUGAAAGCUUACGAUUGUAUUUUCCAACAGUUUAUGACGUUAAAUAUCUAAUGAAACUGUGCAAGAACUUAAAAGGCGGUCUGCAAGAGGUGGCCGAUCAAUUGGAACUUAGAAGGGUUGGGCCUCAGCACCAAGCCGGAUCUGACUCUCUUCUCACUGGAAUGGCUUUUUUUAAGAUAAAAGAGAUUUUCUUUGAUGGCAACAUUGAAAGUACCAGCGGACAUUUAUAUGGCUUAGGUGCACCGUUUUCAACUAAUGCAAAUAAUUUCCAAGAGAAUGGGGAAAAUGGUUCCUGACUGAGUGGAACGGAGGAAGCGCUGAACGAACGAUUGGAAAAGCGUGAACUAUUCAAAAAGUAAAGUGUCAAAUUGGCUCUGAGUUUUGACAGUUCAGAUGUCAAUGUCAAUGUACGAAGCUCGCCAUAUUUAAACUGCAAAUUGAAGUUUCGUAAGCCGAGAUGGUGAACAUUUAUGUGUGUCUGUUUUAUCAAGUUUAAUAGUAAACCAGAAACAAAUACACUUCAGUUAAUGAUUUAAAUAUUAAUAUAUGUACAAUAAAAUGUCUGUCUAAUAAUUGUCUGCCAUUGUUGUUCUGCAAUUCAAAUGUCAGCAUAGACUUUGUGCGAACUAAAAUAAAAAUCUAUAUUUUCCACUAAAACUUAUAAAAAUACUAUGCGUCUAGUAUACAGCGGGUAGUUUCAGAUGUAAGUACCCGCAAAUUUGCAUAUGACCGAUUAUUAAACAAAUACAGCUCGACUCCUCCUUUUUAUAUUAAGUAUAUUAAAAAUAAGUUGCUACCACAUAUAGUAAGCCCCUCUAUACCGCGGUUUACCCGGACCGCGUUGUAGGAGUAUUCUCGUAAAACCGUUUUUUUGAACAAUU